AUGUCAGACAUAGCCAACACUCACGAUCGCAGCUUGGAAGUCACCAUCAUCUCCGGCGAGGACCUCCGCAUCAACGACAGGCCCAUCAAGAACAACGCCUUCGUCACCGUCAAGGCCGACUCUUGCUGCUCGCCGUCAUCGCACGACUCGACUAAACCGGACGCGCGGGGCGAGAGCUACCCUUAUUGGGAUGAGAAGCUCCACGUGGAAUUGCCCGCGGGCUCGCGCUACAUCAUUGCCGAGGUUCGCCGGAGGAGCUCCUCGGCCGGAGACAAGCUUGUCGGUACAGCGUGGAUUCUGGUGUCGGACUUCGUCGGAGACUACACGCCGGAGAAUUACCUGCAUUUCUUGAGUUACAGGCUGAGAGACGCCAAAGGCCUGCGCAAUGGGAUCAUCAAUAUCUCGGUGAGGGUCAUCACAUCGUCGUGUAAAGGGGCUUCGUCCCGUCCGUGGCGUUCGCCGCCGUCGGUGCUGGAGUUCAAGACGCCAGUGGAUCGGGAGAAGAACGGCGGGACAGUGACUGGCGUGCCGGUUUGUUGGAAAAGAAGGUAUGAAAGGUUGAUGAGUUUGGGUGUCUCUGGUUACGGCCUGGUUUGA